GUCGCAGUGUGGUGUUGUGUCGUAGCGAGUCAAGUUUUUGGCGCCGUUGCCGGGGACUUUCUAGAGUAUUAGGAAAGGCAGAAGUUUGUUACUUUAGCGUUUUUCUUUUCUUUUCCACCCUUGCUUUUCACUUGGGUGUUUUUGUUUUUGUUGGUGCAGAUCUGAAUCAUGGAUCCUCAUGGCUUCUCCAACAAUUGGGGGUAUCCACCACCAUCUGGGUGGUAUUACCCCGAGACUCCCUGGAGCAAUCAAGGCGGAGAAGACUAUGGGUUCGGGUUCCAGUACCAACCCCCUUACUACGGAGAACAACCGGACCCCUGGGCAUAUCAAGAACAACCUCAUUAUCAAGAAGAAUUUCUCCCACAACCAGAAGGGCCAUCGGCGCUGGAGUUACUCAUGGAGCAGUACGCUCGAGACUGUGAGAGAACAUGCUCCAGGAUGGAUCAGUGUGUCCAGGCCUAUCGUGAAACAGAUGAGAUCCUCCUGAGCCUUAAGAAGAGCGUCGAUGAUCUUGAGCGAUCUUGGGCGCAACCUGCUCUAGAUCACCCUUCUGCUACCAUACAAGAAGAGGAGGAGGAAGAAGAAGGCUACAAGGGCAUUGUGGAACACACUGAAGUUGUCACGGAGAGCUCCCGUGAUGAUCAUGAUCAGUCCUGUCAUGUCGUAGCCGACCACACCUUCCCACACCCCAACCAGAGCUUUGAAGAGGCGGGCAUGAGUGAGGAGAUGCAAGAAGAUCUCAUGAAAGAAAUUGCUUGGCAACUUGCUCUCCAAUCCGUGCUAGAAGAAGAAGAGCAAGAAAGGGUGCAGAAAGAAGUUGUGGAGGAUGAUGAAAGUGAAGCUGGAGGAGUUCUUGAUCAUUUCCCAGGGGUGAUACCACAUGAAGAAGGAAGGGAGGUUGAAGAAGCAAUUGGCGUCCAGGCUGAGGACGGAGUUCAGGUGGAAGAGGCCUGCACCGGCCAUGAGUUACAUGUGAUAUCUCCACCAAACUUUGAGGAACUGCUUGGCAAGGACCCAUUUGCAGUGUCUCUUUGCCAGACUAAGGCCACCUCGACAUCGGUCCCUCUUGGUGGACGCGAUGGUGGCCAAUCAAUGUUGUCAUAUCUGGUUUGGGGCAAUGAGACGAGAGAAGAGAAGGAGAGGUCUCGAGGGUGGAGACUUCAUCUGCAUCAAGUACAUGAGCCUUCAUCACCUGCCACACCACAUGCUCAUGACUUGAGACUCCACCUCAUCGACGAGAACCUCAACUUCAAGGAGGUUCUAGCAUGGACCGAAACUUAGGAGCCAUCGUCCGGCUCACGACGUGAAAGAAGCGCUUGUUGGGAGGCAACCCAACCAGUCGGUUUGCAUUUCUUUCUCUAUUUCUCUUCGGUGGAGUCAGUUUUGUUCUUUGAUUUUAGAGUCAAUAACUCAACCUUUGUGAGAUUUUGUGUGGUGUUUGUGUUCUGAUUACUCUCUCUUUCUGGAAUGCACCGCCUGACCCGUUCAUCAUCAUUCACCCUUGAUCUGGUAACUUCGUUCUACCCUCUUUAUCUUUCCUCCAUUGAGGACAAUGUCGUGCUUAAGUGUGGGGGGGUGUUCGAUUAUUUAUGCGGGUGAAUGUUUGGUUGUUUGUGUGCUUGGAGCCUAGUCCACUGUCCAAAUUUUGAAAUUUGAGGGCUCCAAGUACGUGUUCCUUGCAAUUGCCUGCUCAGUAUGCUUUGAAUUGACAGUCUUUAUAGUAAUAUGCAACCUAGGGAGGUAGUGUAGCACUAUGGAGGAUGUUGAUGCAUUUAAGAAGUCUCAUUGCUUCUUCAUAUUGUGUUGGUUGAUUGAGUGAAUUAGUGAUCUUAGGACCCUUGAAUUGUGUGGUGUUGUGGAUUCUCUACCUGUCAUGGACUCUUGUAUCAUGUUUUGAAAAUAACAGGUGCUCGAAAAUGUGCUUCAAAAUAAACGUCUCCCGUGCGA